UUAUACCGAGAUUGGUCCCAUUGUCACGGGCAGACAAUCGCCGUAGACCGCUGCUUCUUCUCCAGUCGCCGUCAUGUCACCGCUGGUAGUCUACGUCGUCGCCAUCACUGCUGCCUGCUUAGUAGCUCAGCCCGCCGCCGGGGGCACGGUUGACUGCAACGAUUCACACGGGCAGCUGAGGCAGCCGCCGCCAACGAAAGACCUGCUCAAGUGGAAGCCCUGGUGCCCCUCUGGUUGUCCACAAGGAGGGUGCGUUCGCUACAACACGUGCAACUGCGGCCGCGGUUACAAGGACGAGAGGACGGACUUUGAGGUGAGGUCCAAGGCCCCCAUCCGCUGCAGGCCGGUGUGCACCAACGGCUGCAUCAACGCGGACUGCGUGGCUCCGGAGACGUGUCGCUGCUGGCCGGGGUAUGGCAUGAUGACGGGCAUCAGCAACAAGUGCUUCUGGGGUGUGAUGGGCGGCGGGGACUGAACAGGGAAUGUGAAC